AUGAUGGUGGACGGUACAAAUGUGAAUGGGAGUUCCAAAGAAGUCUCAGCCGAGGAGGAUUGUGGUGCUGAUGAAUCUACAGAUUCACGGGGUAACAAUAAUGUGAAGGUUAUGGUAAGGUUAAAGCCUAUUGACGCACCCGAAAAACAGUAUAAUGUUGCUGUAGUUGCUCUGGAUGAAAGUACGGUUGAGUUCCCUAACAAUGACACAUCUCCUGGUUCUACGAAUGGCGUUCAGGGGGAAAGUCCGUCUCGGUCAUUUCAUUUCGAUUAUGUAUUUGGGACUAAUUCCACACAAGACGAUGUAUACGAUUUUGUAGCAGAGGAGAUGCUAGAUCAGUUUUUCACCGGUUAUAAUAGUACCAUAUUAGCAUAUGGACAGACAGGGUCUGGCAAGUCAUACACGAUGUUUGGGCCUAUUGAUAACAGAGGUUUAAUUCCAAGAAUAUGUCAUGAAAUAUUUGAAAGAAUAGGUUUAUUAAAGAGUAGUGCAGACAUUGAAUAUGUAGUGUCGGUAUCAUUUUUGGAAAUUUAUUUGGAAAAAGUGUAUGACUUGUUAGGUGAAUCAAUAAAUAAGUCAGCUUCUCCCAAAAAAACUUCAGAAAAAAGAACCAGUUUAACAAUCCAUGAGUCUAGUACAUUUGGUGUCUAUGUUCAAAGUGCCACAGUAAUUUCAGUUAGUGAUGGCGAUGAAUUGUUACAUUGUAUCCAUUUGGGUGAGUCUCAGAGAUGUAAAAGUUCCACAGAUAUGAACUUUGAGAGUUCAAGGUCACAUGCAAUUGUAAAAAUCAAUCUACUGAAAAGAGACAAUCUAGAAGGCAGUAUUCAAAAGUCGGAUCUCUUCUUGGUAGAUUUAGCUGGAUCAGAAAAAGUAUCGAAGACCAAUGCUGUUGGAGCCACCUUGGAAGAAGCUAAGAAAAUAAACUUAUCGUUAAGCUCGUUAGGAAAUGUUAUUAAUGCAUUAACACAAAAAGACAAGAAGCGCACCCAUAUUCCAUAUCGUGAUUCCCAAUUAACGAGAUUAUUGAGAGAUUCUUUAGGUGGGAAUAGUAAAACUACCCUAAUCCUCAAUUGUGCAUGCGAUAAGUCUAACGAGGCAGAGACGUUGACAACAUUAAGAUUUGGUUCCAGAGCAAAACAAAUUGAGAAUAAAGCAAUUGUCAAUAGAAGUGACUUGUUUUUGAAGAAGAAAUUGGAAAGACAAAUAGCCUUGCUUGAAAAAAGGGAACAGGAAUAUCAAAAUCGUAUCACCUUGUUAGAACAUGAAGUACUGGCUCUAAGAGCCAAUAAUAUUAGAGCUCCCAGCCCCGAUACAGAAGAUAUCGAGACUGAAAAUACAAAGUUAAAAGCACAAAUGGAUUCCCUAAAAUCUAUACUUAGUUCCGGUGGGAGCUUAGAAGGCGAACAGCAUAUAUCUACUGAUGAUCUUUUAUCCAAACUUAUGGAAAAGUGUGAACUAGUAGUGGAUCUACAGGCACGGUUAGACGAUCAGCUUGACAAAGAAACUGCAUUAAAAAGAAUGAUGGACGAUCUACGGCUUUUGGAAGCUCAAGUAAUAGAGAAGAAUCAUGAUUUAGCAGAGCAGCUAGCCAUUUUACAAUUAGACAAUUUAAAUUUGACUAACGAAAAUGUAACACUUUCAAAAGAUAUUGCAACAGUUCAUAGGAUAUUAAAAACUAGAGCUGAAAGAAUCCAAGUUUUAGAAUCAACAGUUCGUGAAUUAUCUGACAUAAGGCUAGGCAACGAAUCACCACUUUCUGCAGCCUUCGAAGCUAUUAAAGAAGUCAAUGAAGUUCCUUCUGCUCUAUCUCCAACUUCACUAGGUUGGUGGGGUGUGUUUGGGCCGUCGCGCAGAUCGUCUACAGGCAGCUUACACUCUGGCGGAUUGGCCAAGAUACCAAGUAACGAAGCUAGAAGGUCUAGGAAAGCAGGUUUCAAUUUGAAUGUGCUAAAGGUAUCUUCCUCUGAGGAACCGGAAACAAUAGACUAA